UGCUGCCGGGCAGUAGUGGGUCAGUUGCCAGCACGUCGAGUUCGCCGCUUACAAUAUAUUAUACACCGGCCAGUCCAAUUCCGUUUGCACUUUCGUUCGGGAUACACACAGGAUAAUAUACACAGCCCGCACUCAAAAUGGCCGACUUAUCAAAAGCCGAUUUGGACCGCGUUAACUUCGUGUGGUCGAUCUACGACAGCACCAAUGAAGGAGUGGACGCUUUCUACAUUGGAGACAUUCUCCGCGCUUUGGAAUUAAACCCAACUCUGGCCACCAUCGAAAAGAUGGGCGGCACCAAGAAGAAGGGCGAAAAGAAAAUAAUGGCCGACGAGUUCUACCCGAUCUUCUCGCAAGUGUCAAAGGACAAGGACCAAGGAGUGUACGAAGACUUCAUCGAAUGUCUUAAGCUGUACGACAAGGCCGAGGACGGUACAAUGGCCGGCGGAGAACUGACCCACAUCCUGUUGUCUUUGGGAGAGAAAUUGAGCGACAAAGAACUGGACGAGGCCGUCAAGGACUGCAUGGACCCCGAAGACGAGGACGGUAUGAUCCCCUACGUUCCAUUUUUAGCCCGAAUUUGCGACAAGCCGGUGCCGGAAAACGACAACCCGUUCGUCAAAUAAUAAUAAUCGGUCGACUUGUGGAAACCGUAUAAUAUUAUAAUUCGCUCACGUGCACACUUGUGUGUACACAACAGUCGUCUAUUCGUUAUGUCAAUAAUAUUUAUUAUAUAAUAUAUAUUUUUUUUGUUUU